AUGCCCUCCAACGUAAGUAAGUACCACAUUCUUCAAGUCAGCAGAUGCAGAGACUCCAAGCCCACGAAUUACUUUCUAAACGGUACACCAUUGCAGCAGGUUGACAGUCGGAAAUACUUGGGUGUUUGGAUUACAUCCUCAUUCUAGCCAAUACUGAAUUGCUCGAAGGCGAUCUAGUCGGUCAUGUCUAUAUUGCAACUCAUUAGGCAAGCCUUUAUGGACUUUGCUGCGGAGAAGUUCAGAGGACUUGCGGUCGCCUAAACCUUCUUCCUUUACGAGUUCAUGGUAGCGUUGAGGAUCAGAAUGUGGAGUGGGUCGAAGAAGCUCGGUGUAAGGAGCAUCAGUGAGAGCGUCGCAUAAGACAGUUUAAACGUCUGAGAGAAUGGUGGGAGGGUGGGGAGGGGGGGGGAAGAGCCUCAGUUAGACUGAGUUGUCUUGUCGUGGCACCGAUACGUAAAGCGUAGAGUUCUGAGUUGCUGCCAAAAUUCUAGAGGGGACACAGUGACUCUACGGAUUCGAGCUGUCAUGAGGCUAGUGAGACGCAUCGCGCGGAAACCAUCUUCGCGGCCGACGAGGGCGAGGACGAUUUAGGUCAUGGUGACAUGCGGGACGAAUGCAGUGCAGAGGGCGCAGAUGGCUGGCACGACGAAUGUCAGCAACUGGCCGUGUCCACUACACCCGAGUAGGUUCUCACGCAGUCGCAGUGCCAUAGAGGCCAUGUUAAGAAGGAGCCAUUGCAGCCUCACUCUCAGCCCAUCAGUCGGCCAGUCCGCACUGGGCUGGCUGCGAGGCCUCUGGUAUCCCGUCAGUAGGCAGCCUUCCAAGUCAUGGCUUUUUAGCGCACCAUGAUACUUUCAACCUCGUCAGAUAGUUUAUAGAAAGGAAUAUGUGCUGAGACCACCAUGAUCUUACUCCCUCAGUCCCAAUCGCACUCCGAGCUGGUCAGGUGGGAGUGGACGCAGUGACUGACAAAUCCAGCCACUUCGUCUGGACGUGCAACACACAUGACCUGACCCCUCCCUCCUCCCCCCCCCAGACAUAAGCACCAGAAUCUCACACACAAGGGGGUGCGCGACAUGCAUGUCAUGUGUGUGUGAGUGUCAGAGGUCACGUCGCGAAAGAGGCAUUCCAGCCUGACUCUUAGUCCACCGGUCGGCCAUUGUGCACAAACGCACCUUGGGCUGAAUGCAAGGCCUGAGUUCCAUCGGUAGUUGGCAGUCUUACAAGUCAUCACGGCCUUUAACGCAUCGUGACAGUCUCCGGCCUGGAUCACACAUGCACCAGAGGGACCACAUCGAGAAGGAGUCGGGAGACACUUGCGGCUUACGAGGAGAGAUGUGCCAAUCACCUGCUAGCGUUGUGUGGUGUCGAGUAGAUGCUGGUGAGGAGAGAUAUGGUGGUAUGGUAUAGACGGCGGUGCCUUCUGAGUCGGGCGCAAGAAAUUUCGUGCGCCCUGCGGGACACAAGUGAAUAAUAAUAAUAAUGAUAAUAAUGGCUAGGGGAUGGAGCAUGCAUUUUUGAUAGUGCGCCUUGUUAGCUAACCGCACAAUGGAAUGGUUGUACCCAGAGGUACGCACAUGGAAAUGAAGGAGGUGUUGAUUGCUGUGGAAACAGAAGACUGAGACAGAGAAUUGGUCGAGCAGCCCUUACUGUGACAGAGGAGUGCAGAAGCGGAUCGGAAGGCAGUGGCGAGAAUUAUUUCAGCAAGGCAAGGUGCGACGAGCGCGGUGCGCGAAUGCUUGCGUGCGUGCGUGCGUGCGUGCGACCUUUGACCGCCUACAAUCCGGAUCAGCAAAUGACACAACGCCGAUAGGGCUCAAGCUGUCUCCACGACGUGGCCAUGUCACGUGCGUUGCAAUUGGCAGGAGGUGAUACUUAAGCUGGCAGAAGGCGUCAUGAGAGAAUAACCAGACUGACGACCAGGAGAACGGACUGCCACAGGCUCACAAGCUCGCCUCAAACGCUGACUGUCCUACCACGCAACAUAUCCGCUACAGCCACCGUCGCAGGACAGGUUAGUUAAACGGUCUUCUUACUCAGCGUAGGUAUGGGUUUGACGAAUGGCAUUAAUUAGAAUCAACUGGCAGAGCGUCAGCCAGAUGCUAGCGAUUACCCCAAAUCCACAAAUCCCACCUUUCACCUCGUCUAAUCGUAGCCCUCGGCGGCAGCCCAGUCAGCCGGAUGACUCACAAACCCCACAUCUUCUUUGAGGUUCAUCUGGGACGUCAGUAAAAUCGACAUCACCACUCCUCACUAAUUCCCGCGAGCCAAAAUGGUGCUUCACGAGGCGAUAAUGUUCUUCGACGUGACACUCCUCCUUGCGUCCAUCUCACCGCAUUUGGUGUGCAAGGCUAUGCGCUGCGUCCUGCAUGGAAGGAAGUAUGGCAAAUCACGGGCAUGUCUUCACUGAUAUUAUCAUCAUAUCUAAGUAAUAUUACAUGCCGAUGCCUCCCGUCAUUCCGGGUAAAUUGUACACAUAUAUCUGCAUUUAUGCUGCUGACAUAUGUGUCGAUUGUUUGCAAUUUAGAGCAUAUAACUGCAUCUUCUCCUAUCGGAAUCAUUGUAGAAAGGGCAUGUUUAAGCCCAAUCCUAUUAAUGGACGCCAAGGACUGCUCGUCUGUGAUCGAUUACUGCGUCCUUUCGUCAGCGGUUUCGGCAACGACGCAUUACCUCCCUCCUCUCCAAUUGGCAACAGGGAUCACCACAUCACCCACCUGUUUGGUGCCUACGAGGAGGUUUUUUCCACCAGGAUACACUAUCUUCGCCAGGGCCUAGGAUCAAACAAUAUCCUCCUAUUUCCCGGUCCAUUCGGCUGCGUCAGAACUGAUUACAUGGACUUCCUACAGCGUCUUAACAGAAAUGAGUACGUUCCCUGGGGCGGCUUGGCACUGCGUUUUUUACCAACUGGUGUAGAUAUAUACCUAGAUAGACGUUGUAGAAUGUCGCACGAGGAUACACCAUAUAGAAGUGGCCCACUAGUCGACAACUACAAUGCGUACACUGUUGGUACACCCUCAGGAUUGGGUAGACCAGUUAGGUAAGCGUGAAUUCGUAUACAAUAGUCAUUGUUCUGUCUGCGAUUCAGGAUGCUCUGACGAAACUAGCAAAUCGGCCACUACACACACAAAUUUAUGAUCAUCAAUGAAGGGUACGGAAGGGAGACCCUCCGUCUCGAUUAGCCAUACAUGCACUGGAUAUCGGACACAAGUCUACUAUGGAGGUCAGUCGAAUGACUCUUACAUGAAGCGGCAUAUUGAGUUGUGGAAGCGCCGUAGAAAAAUGUUGAGAAGAAGCGGAAGUGACGGCAACCAAUUCAAAGAGCAUACACAGACCCCUCAUUGAUGCGCUCGUUAGGAAAUCGUUGACUUUAAGUCACGUUUAGAGAGUGAACUGUUUUGCCUACUUUGCAACGACAGUUUGCGGAACAAGAUUCAUUACUUGCCCUAGGAACCUAUACAUGCAUGUGUGUGUGUGGUCUGCAGAGGUUCUCGGAUGUCGCGUUUAAAAAUGUUUGCCGGCUCGCUCUUUUGUUGAGGACGACGACCUAGGGUAAUAAGUUUUAAAAUAUCCGAAACAGGGUUUGUUGUUUCCUCAAAUGACUUCUUCAGCAUGAACAUAUACACACGCAAGGAAGGAGAAACGUCAACGUCUGUGUUGACUGCACAUGGCCCAUGAGAACAUCUUCGUUUACAGUAGGCGAGAUUAUCUGGGAACAAAAUUACCCUUAUUGCGCACACAUUUUCGAUACGGGUUCCCCAGCUCGUUGUCAGACUUAUGGGACACACACAAAAACAGUUCACCCUUUAACCCUGUUGAAGAAGAUAUUCUGCAGUUGGCUGAAGCUUGCGCCAUUGCACGUCAAUUGCAUUUCUUCAUGCCCUCGACAUUGGCUACACUGGCUUUCAUUUGUCCCUGAGGAAUUUGUGAGUGGCAUCUAAACCGAGAUGCCGAUUGAUGCAGGGCACAGUUGAUUGAAUUACUUCCAGGGAUUCACGGCGUAGCCUUAUUGGUAGAUGGGUGAAAAUUAUAAGAGUGUUCUCCCAUGGGCAAGAUGGCCCCCCACUCCUCAUCACCGCUAACUGACGUUCAUCUAUAGGGUUUCAGACAGAUUUCCCAAUUUGGCCUCAAUAGACGGCAUCACAACUGGCACAUGAAUUCUUGCAGACAAAGUCCUUUCUUUCAAAGGGAAUUAAUUUACCCAGGAGAGUUUUACUAGUGAGAGAGGUUGGCACACUUGAAAAGUGAUUUUUUGUCCGAUUCUAGCUAUGGGAAUCAGUUUGCUGUCACUGGGGUUAUUUUUAGAGAGCCAAACAUUUUAUCGAUUUUCAAAGGUCAGAUUAGCAGGUCUGUGCGUUUUCGUCCCCUAAAGUGCAGUAAUGAUGCAUAGGGGGAAUUGGUUGUUUAAAAGGGCCGACAUUGUUUUGUCAUUUGAUGAACUCUAUGUUUUGACACCAAAAUGACUCUCACCGAAUAGUCACGUUCAGUUUGGAACAUAUGAAAUAUUGAUUGUCGAGCGGUCUAGUUUCUGCGCAUACGUAAUUUAGAAAUGGAACGAGAAAAAUAGCAGUACUUGUAUGGAUACUCUGUCGUGCAUUCAUACUCGUAGAACGGAUCCGGAAUGUGAGCAAUGAUAAGAAAAGUCACCGCAAUAUCAGGCCAAUGACAUGUUCUUACGUUUGCGGUAAAUAAAUAUCAGCAUCCUUUCCUUUUUAGAAACGUGAAAGGAACGGCCAACAGUGCCAGUUUUUUCUUGCUCUCAUCGUGCAUAAACUGAAAGUGCACAAACGUCUGUCAACGGAAUGCAUUAUUAAGACACUCCCCCCUAAAUGGGUAACUUAGUAGAGAACGUGUUCUAAGUGAUCGAAAGCAUGUUCUUUGUUAAUUUUUGUUGUGGAAGUUAAUUUUUAUGAAGGACGAAGUCUCAUGGGAAGGAACGUUUAAACAUUCACUACUUCGCUAAAUAUCUUCAGUAAGUCAGUAUAUUUGUAGUAAACGACAGAGGCCAUGAAAACUCCAUUUAGAGGGUACAGAUGUAAGGGAAAAUAGUUAAAUUGCAAAACUGUUGCUUGCAGUUUCAGUAAGGAGAAUUCGUAAGUCUAAUAAAGGAACGCAAAUGCGAAAGGGGUAUGGUAUUCGCGAAAUAAUUGCGAAGAACUUUGUUCACCGCAUUCGGACUGUGAAAAUUUCCAUAUGGGUUAGGUUUGACGCACAAAAAGGAUCUGUUGAAAUCAUGUUAAUAGUAUAUUUAUAGUCAUUUCUGUAAUCCGUCUGUAGUUCGGGUUGCCUAACAGCAGGUGAGUAUCCAGUUGACUCUUGAACACGUUCAUGGUAGGGGAAUUAACAACAUACUCCGACAGAGAGUUCCAUUGGUGAAUGACCCUCUGUGAGAAAAAGGAGGAACGUUGAUUUGUGUGGCCCAGUUCCCUUUAAAGCUGGUAAUCAUGUCGUCUGAGAUAAGACUUGGGUGCCAUUUCAAAAAACGUUUCCCAGUCGGCAUCCAGAUUAAGUCCUCUUACCAACUCGAACGUUGCUAUGAGGUCACCACUGUCCUGCCUGUAGUGGAGGGGAUAGAGGUUCAAGGCUGUCAGGCGCUGCUCGUACGUGAAAUGUUUGAGGCCAGGAACUGCCUUUGUAGCACGCCGUUGUACACCUUCAAGGAUAUCUAUAUCCUUCCGAAGCCACGGCCGCCAAGCCUGUACUCAUAUUCCAGUUGCGGCCGCACAAAUGUCCCGUAUACUUUGCCAAAGACAUCUGUAUUCAAGUGAAUAAACGUUCUGCGUAUCGCGCUCAUCACUGACAUUGCCCGCGCAGCGGCUUUAGAACGCCGUGUGGUGACGCUUAGAUCGUCUUUAAUGAAUACACCGAGAUCAUUUUGCACAUCUACGGUUUGAAGUGGUUGAUUGUCCAGGAUAUACUGUCGUGAGGGUGCAUUUGUUCUUCGCCUCGCUGAUACCACGGGCAUUACUGCACAUAUUGUGACGUUGAAUUUCAUGCACCAUUUAUCGCCCCAUGCGUGCAAAUUAUCUAUGUCCUCUUGUAGUAUCUUGACGUCAUCUUCAUCUUUUAUCUUUUAAGAUCGUCUGCAAAGAGCGCGAUGUCCGAUUUCACUUCCUGUACUAGGUCAUUUACAUAGAUAAUGAAUAGGAGCGCCCAAGAACUGACCCCUGUGAGACUCCACUUGUAACAGGUGCCCAUUCUGAGCAGUAGCCGCUCGCAGUGACUAUUUGUCUACGACCGUUUAGGAACUCUUGAAUCCAGUUCAGAAGAUUUCCUCUUAUCCCUACUUCGGACAACUUUUGAUCGAGGCGCUUAUGUGGGACGCAAUCAAACGCCUUGCUGAAGUCGAAGUAAAUGACAUCUACUGGAUGUCAUUCAUCCAAGGCCUUUGACCAAUGUUCGAGUGACGUAAGCAGGUUUGUGAAGCAGGAACUCUUUUCGCAGAAGCCAUGUUGGACUGAAGUGAUAUGACAGCGGAAUGUAUCGAGUGAUGUAAUUGAUUUUUUAACUAACUUUUCCAUAAGUUUGCAACAAAUGCAUGUCAGACUCACCGGUCGGUAAUUGGUGGGACAUAGCCGUGAUCCUCCCUUGUGGAUAGGUACGAUGUUUGCCAACUUCCAUGUGUCAGGUAGUUUGCCAGCUUCCAGCGAUUUUUGGAAGAUUAUAGAAAGUGGUUCUGCUUAUUCUUCAGCUAGCUGACGCAGGAGUACACCUGAGAUCUCAUCUGGUCCAGGUGACUUGGCCGGAUCCAGCUUAUUUAACUCUGAUAAAACUAACUGCGGUGUAAAAAAUACUGUGCUUAUUAGUGGUUGGUUGGCGAGCUGUGGAAGAGAAUAGGACUGGUGGGGUGGUUCCGCGGUGUAGAUACUUUGGAAAAACUCGGAAAGAAGCUCGGCAUUUUGAAAGCUAUCGCUCACAAUUUGGUUAUUUUUGUCCUUUAAGGUUGCCAGAUGGUCUCGGUUUUUCGUAUUGCUCCCGAUAUAUGCAUAGAAUGCUUUAGGUUUUUGCUGCGCCUCUUCCAGGAGCUUUAGUUCAUAAGAAGCUCGUACAUCUCGGAUAAGUCAUUUGCGUAAGGUUCGUUGUUGUCUGAAUUCCUGAAGUUUUUUGGGUGCUCCGUUUGUAAAAAAUUUUGCACAACUUGCGUUUUUUUCGGAUGUCCUUCUUAACCUAUGUUGUCAGCCAUUUCGGUUUGUUUCCGGUUGGAUGUUUCUUGAGGGGACAGUAUCGUUCAAUCAAGUCUCUCAUAGUUGAUUCGAAGGUUGUCCAGCAUUCAUUGACAUCUCCUCAUAAUGCCUCCGUCCAUAGUGUGAGUUCAAUCUCUGAUUUCAUUGCCUCAAAGUUACCCCGCCAGACAUUUCUUAACGACUUUGAGUUUCGUUAGGGGACAGCUACAAGUGUCGACUCUCACACUAAUGUCAUGUGAUCACAAGAACCUAGGGGUGGGCCUACAUUUAUUUCAUCAAGGCAUUCCUCGUUCUUGGUAAACAGUAGGUCUAGGCAACUAGCCCUCCGACCUUCACGCAUCCGAGUCACAGUUGGUUCAUGUUGAAACAGAAAUUCGUCAAAUGCCAUGUCUAAUAGCAUUUGGUCGAAUCCUUGUCUGUGGACCUUAACUGUCAUAAGGUCCCAGUUAAUCCGCGGAGCAUUGAAAUCUCCUACGAUAAUAAUGUUUUUCUUUCGACUGUCCUCGCGGAGUCGAGUGAUUAACGCUUGAUCUUCGUCGGCAGGUUGAUUGGGAGGCCUAUAUACAACGGUGACAGUAACGUUUUCGGCUUUUGCGAGCAGCAAAUGACACAGCAGCAUCUCCAGAUCAUGCGCAUUCACACAUUCUUCAACAGGGUUAUAUUCGACCGCAUUGCUGAUAUAUAGGGCAAUUCCGCCACCUCGCUUUUCGGUUCGGUCUCGUCUUAGCACUUGAUAACCAUCUAACUGUAUUUGGGGGUCUGUGACAUCUGGGGUGAGCCACGUUUCAGUUAAUGCAAUAACAUCAGGACAUAGUUCGGCCACAAUUAUUUUACGUUCGUCGAGUUUGUUCAAGAGGCUUUGUAGAUUUCCGUAGAAGGACUUAAUUUUAUGUAGGUUAUUGCUUCGAAUUAGUUGCCCUAACGUAUGGCCUUCGUCCAGUAUGACAGACGUCCUCCACAGGAGGGGUUUUUGUCGUCGAACAAUCACUCCGUUCAUUAUUACUAGUCCCUUCUCUCCUUGUUCUUUCAAGGUCGCCAGCUCCGCCAUCAGCGCCCUCCAUUUCAUUCUCUCUUGUACUGAGUAAUCCGAUUGAAAAAAAGACCUCUAUGGCCAGGGAUCCCCCCUAGUAUUCGUUCAAGUAGAAGAUCCCUCUGGAGUUUACUUUCUAAAAUUAUCUUUAAAGGUCUUGGUUUCCUGCCUUGAGAGCUCGCGCUAUUUUUACUGUUUAGUCGGAAAAGUUUCAGAAUCUUAAUUGCUUCAUUUUCUUUUAUUAUGCUACCCAGACACUCCUGCACGGUCAUGAUAUCAUAAUUUAUCCCACAUCUGGGGUUAUUGUUGGUUGAUUCACGAAGUCCAUGGACGACUAUGCAUUGUAAUCUGUCCACAGCACCUCCAUCCGACGAAUUGGUCUGACCGAUGGUGAGGCUUCCCCAAUGUGUGCUCCAACGCUAGUUGCAUGAAUAUUCGUGAGAGUAUGUACUUCUACUCCCAUUCUGGGUUCAUUUUUAUUCGGUCUUGCGUUGGUCGAUGCUGCUCCCCUCACAUUAGGCUCGGGAGAUGCGCAUACCGUCUGGGGACUGUUUUCCUCUUUCGUCGGUCCAUCUUUAUCAGUUUCACGCUUGGCCCUCGGUUUCCUUUCUGGCGAGUCUGAAACCAUCGCCUUUGGAUUUUUGCGUCCUUUCUUCAUAGUCUUUUCUGUCGCCUUUUUCUCAUUCUUUACUGAUUUUAGAGGUUUCACGUCACCACUGAUAACUGGGGUCCGAUACUGCUUAUGCAGGGUGUCUCGCGCUCUACCCCUCGUUACCCUGUGCGUCGAUGCUGCCAACUUAUCCUCUGUCAUGAAGGUCUGCUGGAUAAAAUUCUUCAUGUUCCUAACUUCUUCCUCUAGUUGAUUUAACUUUGAGGCUAGCGUUUGACAACCGCUGCAAUAGGUUCCCGCAUGCGUCGGUCUUAACCAGUUUGAAAGGCUUUUAGAGCGACCGCCCUGGCGUGCGGCGAUAGCGCGCGCGGGGCGGGGGGUCUGCGUCGCAAUCUUGUGCCAGUGUGGUCCCGGGUCCGACUCCACAGUGCUCGCUAUUUUGUACUACUUCGGAGUUCGACAUUCUGUGCUACUUUAGUAUACCCAACAAGAAAAAACGAUCGGGUGAGACUUUUGCCUUAUAUGCGAGACGGAAAGCCUUUGGCGUCGUUCUGGUCGUUGAGAGUCACAGUGUAAGGUGAAUAUCUUCGUCUUAAAGAGGAUCGUCGAGCAAAUACAGGAAGCAGCUGUUUAAUUCUAGGACUUUAUCGAGUACGUUCGAAAUAUGAUGCAUUCAACGAAUAAGAUUAGAAGAGUAACUCAGCCUAUGCGGGAGUUGUUCCAGAUGUUUUGAUGGCAGGAUAAUCCGAGUUUUUUGGCUCACAAACAGCAGAAAUGAGGAAUGGCUGAAGUCCGCGUCCUGCGAAUCAGCCUUUGUCGCCAAAGAAUUAUUUGGCGAUUAGUCGUGACUUCCGAGUAGAGAAUUCCGGGAAUCAGAGAAUAACAAUCCACGCGUGAAUUAUUUUAGACUGGCGUGCUCCCAACACUGAAGUAGAGACGAAAACUUCGUAGCUCGGAAGACUUAAAAUUUCGAACCUCGUUUCAAACGACGCGCAAGAGGUGUUUUAUUUCAACGGUUUCAGUAAGCACAUAACACAGAUUCUGUCUAGACGGACUCUGUGUUAUGUGUAUAUAUAAAGCGAUCAAUAGACAUAUCGAUCUGCCAAUCGCUUAUCAAGCACUGCGUGAACAAAUCAGCAGCGCAGCUGGAGGUCAUUCCCGGCAGAGAUGAGCUAAAUAUCCGAUGAGUUGUACAGUAUUUUCAUUCCUUGACGAUGGGCUCGCGUGAGAGUUCGAAACGUCGGACAAAUAAACCACUGGUCCCAGCGAUCGCCUUUCCGUCUUCUUCUAUAUAUAAAGCUUUAUAUGCAACCCAUCGAAAACACUGAAAAUCUCAAGAUAUGCAGCGAUGUGUCAAGGCGGAUCUGAAAUUCGGCGUUUUCUAGAACAAACAUAACGUCCGAAUUAGCUUUACGGACGGAAAGUCCUGGCAACAUGUUCUCAUAUGGAAAAUUUAAUUCCCAUGGCUUCCCCCUUGGCGAAUUCAAGCGAAAUCCUCUUUGUCUUAUUGAACCGCGUCUGAAUAAAUGGAAAAGCGUCACGACUUCUCGGGGAACCCGCCAUAUCUGACAUUACACUAAUUCAUAAGGGAUAUUUAAAUGUAAAUUUCUCUAAAGGACAAUUUUCAAACGUAAUUCUUCUUGUCCUGUCUAAUUUACUCGUUUUUUGUAUGGACAGCCAUCCCGUACGUCUAAAAGUGGAUUUCACACGAUUGCAACCAUCUUUGACUUUUUCGGAAUUUUCUGCUUUUCUAAAAAUCAGAAUUCCUAAGCAAUCUACCAUUAUCUUUGAUUAAUAUAGACCUAGGAUCCAUGCAUUGGUGUCGGUUUGCGAGUAAUAAGCAGUCACAAAAAACACACACACACACAACAGUUCCACCGUCGAUUUCGACGAUGUCCACCGCGUGCCCCACAGCUGCAGCAGCGGUGGGAGCAGGGACGGUGACUUGCGCAGGGGUUUAUAGUGCCAGUAGACUUCCGUAGCAUCUACCUACACUCUCCUCCUCCCCCACAUGAGCCCGGUGUCAAGACGAAGUGAAGAAGACCGGAGACGAGGGAGGCCGCAGGUGGAUGGCUUGGACGGAUCCUCACCUUGGCGCUUCACUCCGCACCCCCAGGUCCACAAAACAAAUGACCAGGAUUUUGACCACAAAACAAUGGGGUGACGGCAGUGGUCCAGUUGUGCGACGACUGCCGACAACAGGGUCUGCCAACGCACCCCGAAAGUGUUGGCAUUUGUUAUAGUGUGCGAUCCGAUAACGCCUGCCAGAAUCCAAUAUGGCUCCCGUGUUGGUCCAGCGCAUCAAACGCGUGGCUCGUUUGGAGGACACACAAACACAUGUGUAGAGUAGUCGUACCGUCUGUGAUGAACAAUCACUCCACCUCUCAAAUGUACUUCUGUCCGCCUUCCCCCCCUCCCCGCUUUAGGUUUACCGCGAUAGCCUUCGAUCCGCCGGGCUGCGGUUUCAGCACUCCCCCCGUCCGCGAUUGGAGUGAUCCCGAGGUUCUGCUGCAGGAUGCCAGAGUUGGCGUGAAUUUGAUGCGCCAGCUGGGUCAUCUGCCCUUCUCCUGCAUCGGCUGGUCAGAGGGCGCCCUGUCAGCCAUCCGAGCAGCAUCGGAGUUGAAUAUGGACGGUCAGUCACAUUUUAAGUGGCUCACUCUGCUGCUGCUGCUGCUGGUGGCGCAUUUGCUUAUUUGUUGUUCUAGAAUGCGCAUAUUGUAGACACUGUCAAAUGGCCAGUUGCCUGGCCUCAUGAUUUGAUUACCUGUACUCCUUAGACACACACACACGCACACAGCGCGGUGAAUGCAACCAAACUAGUUCAAAUUUACCUCAGACUACUGGGAAAAUCUGAAAGGACACAUCAAAAAACAGCCCUUUCAGCCUGACCUUCCGUUCUGGGAAGUACCGAGGUGCCCCGUCAAGCUACCACUCCUAGUUCGUCAUGGCACAUUUAAGUGUGCCAGUUUUAUUUUAGUAAGGAAUGCUCCAGUUUCAACACCAGUUCCUCUAUUUUACCUACUCGGCCAGUAUUCCAAAUACCUCCACAAAUUACCACAUUUUAAGGGAUUUCUCCUGUCUACCGAUUUUUCACUUCAAUGGGUCACUGAAUGCCCUCCUAGACAAUUAAUUUUGCCUGAACAUGAAAGCGGAAUGAUGGGAAAUGCUAUCAUUAUUAUUUCGUGUGUGUGUGGGUGUGUGUGUGAUCAGCGUGCUACCGUCAAGUCUUUUCCAUUUGCUACCUGCUUAUUGUACGCCGACAUACGAAGGAAGCUUAAUUCAUGCAUUCAGGCUCGAUUGAGGGCCUGGUGGUCUGGGAGCUGGAGGAGGAUAUUGGCGCAGAGGACGGAUCGGGGAAUGGUGGUCAGAUUAUGGGAGGCACCCCCGGUUCGGUGGACUUCUUGCCAGACAGCCGUCGUCUUCCGCUGCAGGCUGUCUAUGGUAGAGCGUACAUGCGGGAUAGUUGGCCUGCCUACGUUGAGACGAAAGAGAUGCGACGUAUGGGUCCUGCCGAUCUCCGCUGCCUGCCGCAGCGUCUCCUCGGGAUGCCACUACUGCACAUUGCAUCCCGACACUCUGAGUCAAGGCGACACCAAAAUGCCAACAGCCAAUCGACUGAAUCGGCUCUCCUCGCCUGUUCGGGCUGCUGUUCAACCCUCUGGCCCGCCAGGUCUGACGCGAAUCAGAAGGCUGGCUGGCAGCUGCCACACAAGUUGCAUGCUGAUUUCUUUCAGUCCUGUGUCGAAAACUUUAUUCUUAAAUCUAUUCACUAA